UUUUUUUUUUUUUAUAUUUUUCAUUUAUUUCCCCUUGCAGCAAGUGCGUGCAGACUGACGGCAUAGUAUGAUUUCUUUUUUGUUUUUUUUUUUUUAUACUUGUUCCCCCAAAACUAUUCAUUUUCUUCAUAUAUUAAUGAAAAAAAAAAAAACAAAAAAAAUUUUAAAAUUUUUCAUUAUAAUUUUCGUUAUUGUUUUUAAAUUUUAUUUUUUGAAAUUGAUAUUGAUUCAGGUCGUCGUCAAGGUGACUAAUUUUGGCCUUGAUAAAAAAUGAUGAUGAUAAAAAAAAAAAUAAAAAUUUAAUUAUUAAAUAAAGAGGCCAUCUAAAGUUAAAAAAAAAAAUAAAUAAAUAAAAAUAUUUGAAUAUUGAAUAAAAAAUACUUGAUGAGUGUAAUAUUAUGUCGAAGGUACAAAAUUGCAAGCGAUAUAAUAAUUGUGGUACAAUAAAUAGCUGGACAUUAUCACAAUAUCUAAAUGAACAUAUAGAAAUAAAAAAAAUAUAUAUACAAGGUUGAAUAAUACACCCACACAUACGCAUGAUCAUCGCGGUGGUAUAGGGAGAGGGGGUGUUCGCCCCCCCAUCAUGUGGGGCUCGGAUAGUUGCCGCUCCCUCGGCCCCCAACAACUUCCCAGUCGUCCCCCUGCAGUGAUAUCAGUCACGACUCGAACGAGGGAGUUGCAACGUGUUUGUGGUCCCCCUUGUCUUUAAAAAAAUUCUUUAAUCAACAUUUAAUAUUUUUCAAGAUACAUCAUAUACAAUAACAGUAAAAUAACAUUAUUUUUAAAUAAAUAUAAAUUUAAACAAUCAAGCCAAUAUUUAUAACACAGGAUUAAUAAAUAAUUGGAAAAAAAAAAACAUAAAUUUCUUUAAUUAGGGUCAACUGUGGUGUAUAUAUUUAUUAAAAGCUGAAGCUGAGACUUCAACCAAUUUGUAGUUAUUAAAACGACUACAUAUUUUUAUUUCUUGCUGUUUUGUUGCUGUGUGUUAUUCAGAUUUUUCAUCAAAAUGGGAGACAAAACAUUUAAUUUAACUUGGAACAAUCAUUUGGCAAAUUUAUCUGGUCUAUUUGAAGGACUCUACAAGAGUGGAUCACUGACUGAUACAACAUUAUCAUGCCAAGGUGGUAUGCUGAGAGCACAUAGAUUGGUUUUAGCAGCAUGUAGUCCUUACUUUGAACGUGUUUUUAAAGAACAUUAUGGAGAACAGCCAAUUCUUAUUUUAAAAGGAAUUGCUGUUGAAGAAAUGGAAUGUCUAUUGGAUUUUAUGUAUCGUGGUUCAAUAAAUGUUACUGAGGAACAUUUACCAUCAUUAAUUAAAACAGCAACUGAUCUUGAAAUACGUGGUUUAUCUGGUGAUCAUAGAAAUGACAGUAAUAAUAUGUAUUUAAGAACAGAAUCACGUGGUCAAAAUGAAACAAGAUUACAUACAAUGGAUUUUAGAAAAACACAACAAAUAUCAUUUUUAUCAAAACAAGGAAGUACUAGUUCAAUUGGUGGUAUUAAACUUGAAGAAGUUGAAGUUGAAGAUGAUCCAAUGAUUAUGGAAGGAGCUGAUGAUAAUUAUGAAGAAUCAUUACCACCUGUUAAAGAUCAAAUUAAACGUAUACCACCACCAAUGUACAAAAGAAAUAAUUGUUUUGAUGGUCAAACAAGAAAUAUUGGUAAUCGUAAUAUAUAUAAAGAAAUUGAAACAAAAAGAUCAAUUGAUAUUAAUGGUGAUAAUUAUGAGGGUGAAUUGCAAAUUGAUCAUUAUAGAACAGAUGAUGCUUACAAUAGUAAUACAGAUCCAACAGUGCCAGCUAUUCAAAUGAAUGAUGAUUCAAUGGAACAAGGACGAUCAGGAAUGACCUCUCCAAAUGGUACAACAAUUGAAACACCAGUUAAAACAGAAAAAAAUUUAACUGCUUUUAAACCAAGUAAUACUCCAAAAGUUUGUAAAAAAGUUGAUGCUAAAGGUAAAGCACAGUAUAAGCCAUUUCCUUGUGAUCUUUGUACAUUGGCAUUUACACGUGCAUCACAUUUAGCAAGACAUAGACGUGUACAUACUGGUGAACGACCAUUUGCUUGUAAUUUAUGUCCACGUAUGUUUGCACGUCAAGAUAAAUUAAAACAACACUUGGAUUCACAUCUUCAAUGGCCAAAACGUAAAUCAAUGAAUGUUGGAUAUGCCACUGCAAUUAAUCAAAAUACAACAACAACCACAACAACAACAUCAACACCAACAACACCAAAUACAACAACAACAGUUAAUCUUGCGACAAAAGGAAAACGUGGAAGACCAAGAAAGUUGUCUGCUGGGCAGUCAGCCAUGGAAGAUAUAUUAAAAUUUGGUGAAUUCAGUUCAAUGCUUAAUAAAACACAACCAUUGAAUAACUAGUUAAAUUUGAAUAAAAUAAAAAUAUAUAAAAUUAUAAAAUGCAGUUUAAAGUGGAAUAAAUAAAUCGGAUAAUGGUGAAAAUUUAAAAGACUGUAAGCACAAGUAUUUUUAAAUACAAAUAUGAUAAAAUUUAUUUGAGAUAAUGAAUAAUUUCUUUGGGUACGUUGUCAGGAAUCUUUUUUAAAUUAUAUAAUACAAUUAAUCAUUUAAUAAUGGAGGAAAAAAAUUCAAAAAUAAUUAAAUUUAAAAUUACCUGAACGUACCUUGUCAAAAGAUCUAUUCACCAUAAAUUCAAGAAAAAAAAAAAAAAAACAAAUAUCCAAAUACUGCAUAAUUAAUAUAAAUAA